CUUUAAACAGUAAUCAAUAGUUAAUAAUUUGUUUAAAAUGAAAUACAUUUUAGUAGCAGUUCUUGUGGCUAUAUUCUCCAUUGAAACGGAGUGUAUCUCAGAUGCUGAAAUUUCACUAAUGAUGAAAAUUGAUCAAGAUUGUAUGCCAAAAAGCGGUGCUACUAAAGAAAUGUCUCAAAGGGCAAUGGUAGGAGACUUUCCUGAUGAUCCGGUAUAUAAAAAACAUAUGCUUUGUAUGACGACAGCUAUGGGAUUCUUCGAUGAAGCUGGUAAUUACGAUAUGGACAGAAUUCACAAAGAAUUAGAUUCACGUAUUGCGGAUCCUGCUAAAAUAUCUGAAAUCCUUAGUAAAUGCUUGGUAGAAAAAGGAUCAGCAGAAGAAAAAGCUUUCGAAAGCGGAAAAUGUUUUUACUCUUUCAGAGAUGUGUUGUAAUUUUCAAAAACAUGAAUAUUAUAUUUUACAGGUUAUCAG